AUGUCUAUCCAACCACGCGACAAUAAAGUCUCGCCGACGACCAGGGCACGUGCUCGCAGCCGCGUACCCCCUACGACAAAACCAAGUACAGCCAACAUGCCCGAAAUUCGUCUCUUCGAAGGCACCACAAUUCAAAAUGCACGCAACGCAGUUAUCAUCAUCUUCAUUGGACGUCAAGAGCAGUUAACGGAAGCCCUAUUGGCACAAAUUGUCGCCCGUGAAAGGGCGGCACAACAAAACAAAGAAGCAUCCAAGGUGCAGAGUUCCGGAGAGGCAGAAGAUCCUGUUCAGCAGGCUUGA